GGAAUACUACGAAUAAUUCACAUACUAUGGAUAAUAAUCAAAGUAUUGGAUUAUACGUGGUUUUGCUGACCAGUAUAGCUUUCGCUAUAGUGAAUCUUGUUUGCACUCUUUAUGUGAUGACAAGGUCAUUGAAACGAUGGCUGGUGACGAAAACAACUCUAUCAACGGCUCAUAGAGUUCCUUUAUAUAUUGCAAUUUCAGCAUCUGCAACAAUUAACUUUGGUGGUAUAGGAAACAUGAUUACUUACAUUAUAAAUGAAAAAUGGCGUGAUGAUUAUAAAUCUAAAAUCUCAGGCACAUCAGCUUUGUUCUCUCCAAAGAUUAAGUUUACAGCCAAUAAUACAUAUCAAUCUCAAAUAACAAUUGAGGAGGUUGUUAUUGUUGAAGUUAAACAAAACCCCAUUCCUAUUCCACCAAUAGAGUCAGUUGUUGGUGUUGUAAGUGUUUCGAAAGGAAUUUAG